AUGAAAAGAGGGGACUCAGUGCUUAUCGACGAGGAGCAAGUUCAAGCCCCGCUAGUGAGAAAAGACCUGGAUGAUCCAGAUUGGAUCGAUGAGCUUUCUCCAACUUGUCAAAAAUGGCUCGGUGUUUUCUUUGCUGUUUUAUCUGGUGCUUUUUACGGAAUGAAUUUCUUGCCAAUCACUCUUGCCGUCGAGCAAGAAUUGAUUACAUCUCACAUGGACGGAGUUUUGUCGCACUUCUCCGGAGUUCUUAUCGCACAGCUUUCGAUGUUCAUCGUUUACUCUGUUUAUCGAAAAGGUAAACCAGAUUUAUUCCCGUCGGCAGUGAUUCCAGCAAUGAUAACUGGAACAACCUGGGCCGUGGCAUUCCUCUGCUGGCUCUAUGCGAACUCAGUUCUCGGUGAAGCUUUUACAUUUCCGAUUCUAGCGACAGCUCCUUCUGUCUUAGAAUUGCCACCGCUGAAGGCUCAACCGAGGCCUGCUAUGACUGGAAAGACGGCGGAAGAGGUCGAACAGAGCUUGAAUCCAGUCUUCAGAGCUUGGGCAAACUUCAAAAUCGGCAAUUAUGAGGAAUGUGGAAAGAUUUGCGACGAGCGAGUAAGCUCCGAAGACAUUGGCCAUCCUUUGUGGAGAAUAAAAGUAGCAGCGUUGACCGAAGACGCGAAAAUAAUCGACGAAGAUCUCGGCGAAUCUACAGUAAGCGAAGAAAUCUUUGGCGAGCAAGUGAUGCAAAAAACUGCACGGCCAGGAACAUCAUUGAAAACAGCGAAAAAGGCGAAUGAAAAAGGCGGAUAUAAUGCAAACAGCGCUUCAGUUCGGCCUCAGACUGGUGCUGGUCCAAUGACUGGCUACGCUCGUCCAGGAACAUCAACGCGUCCUGGAACUGGAAAGCUGACGACCGCAGAAGGGUUGAAAACAGCUCGAAUCGCCACUGCCUCGCUCCGUCCACUCACCAACUUCGGGCGAAGCAUUCAAACCGCCUCGCUGGAUCCGAUGGACGGACCUUACAUCAAAACUUCCCGACUCAAUCUUCCUCAAAUCGCGAAAGAUUCAUCUAACGCCAAAAUACUUUUCGAAUACAUAACGAAUGUCUUGGCAGAUUAUAGAACUGCGCUGUCUCUCGCUGAAGCUGCGGCUCAAGAGCAUCCGGACGAACAUUAUUGGUCGUAUGCCCAGGGCGUCAGUUAUCUCCGCCUGGGAAUGUCGAGAAAAGCAGAGGAACAUGCAAAAUCUUACGUUUCAAAAACAAUUGAUCCAGCUGGAGCACUGCUUCUCUCCUCAGUCUACAGAAAACUCGACCAGCCGACAGCGGCUUGUGAAGCGUUAAAAACAGGCAAUGGUGCUGCUUCCUGUUUUUACAAAGAUGACAUCAUUCGAAGCUUUUCUUUAUACACGAAAGCUCUUCAAAUCGGACCACCCUGCGCAUCACUGUACAACAAUCUUGCCCUAGCUUCAGUGAGCAUCGGCCAAGUUGAUCUUGGAUUCAGAAGUUUCUCAAAAGCUCUCGAUGCGGCGAUAAAUGACGAAGAUUUCGAACUUGUUUGGUACAAUAUCGGAACAGCGGCAAUCUCUAUCGGCGAUUUUCCUCUAGCAGAACGAGCCUAUAAAAUUUCAUCUGUUUAUGGAAACGGUGGUUACUCGCUGAACAAUUUAUCCGUUUUGGCUUCACUCGCGGAUAAUAAAUCGCACGCGGCGAAUCUUUUAGCGCAGUCGAAUGAUAUUGAUUCGACUUGGGAAGCUCAGUGGAAUUCAGCGCUUUUGGCAAAAGAGCGUGGCGAUCUGCAAACUGCGUAUUUAAAGUCUACCCUCUCUGCCGAACUAAAUCAAGAAGAGAAAAGAAAUGCCGACUUUCUCCAAAGAGAAGUUAUCCUGGCUGAUCGAGCCAUGGUCGAGCAGGAAAGCGACAUCAUGCUCGAAAACGCUAACAACGAAGAUGUCUGUUUCCUCGUUGUCGGCGACGUUUUUGCCGCGACGACGCACUCUGAUCUCGUUUUACGAUGCAAAGCAAAGGAUGAAAAAGUAUUCACGGCCGAUGAGGUCAGCCAACACAACUCGCUAGAAAGUCUCUGGGUCUCUUACAAAGGGAAAGUUUACGACGUCACUGAAUUCGCGCAAUCUCACCCCGGCGGCGCUAAAAACCUCCUCCUCGCCGCCGGAAAAGAUCUAGCACCCUUUUGGGGUCUCUAUCAGCAACAUAGCGCCGAUCACGUUCAAGAAAUUCUAGCGCGAUAUUAUAUUGGAAAACUCGAUCCAAAAUCUGUCAAAAAGUCGUCUACUAACAAUUCUGAUAAAAACUCUGCAUAUAGCAAUGAGCCUGAGCGUCACCCUGCCAUGAAAAUCAACAACCCCACGCCAUUCAACGGAGAGCCACCUCCAAGUCUUCUUCUCAGGUCUUUCAUCACGCCAAACGAGCUUCAUUUUAUCCGAAAUCGUCUUCCAGUUCCCCAAGUCGAUAUUUCAACCUUCACUCUUGAUAUCGCCCUCCCAAGUGGAAAAACGAUUCCACUAACAAUCGAUGCGCUCAAAGAUAAAUUCGAAGUUGUUGAAAUCCCCAUCACCUUAAUGUGCGCUGGAAAUCGUCGAGCAGAGUUCAAUGCGAAAGUCAAAGAUAAAAAAGUCAACGGUUUAUCUUGGGAUCAAUGUGCAAUCUCAACAGCCAGAUGGAAGGGAGUUCUCCUCGCCGAUAUCCUAGAGCACUGCGGAAUAAGUUAUAAAGAAUGUAGAGCGAAGGGCCUCGUCCAUUUGAGCGUCGAAGGACUCGAUGCUGGCCCGGAUGGAGUCGGCACUGGUGCAUCUAUUCCACUAGAACGCGCUUUUGAUCGCUCAGCAUCCGUCAUGGUCGCUUUUGAAAUGAAUGGGGAAGAGAUCCCAAGGGAUCACGGCUUCCCGCUCAGACUGAUUGUCCCUGGCACAGUUGGCGCUAGAAACAUCAAAUGGCUCUCAAAAAUUAGCGUCUCUACGGAAGAAAGUGAAAGUCCAACACAAAGACGAGAUUACAAACUAUUCGGCCCUAAUAUCACGAAUGUAAAAACGAUUCCUUGGGAGAAGGCGCCUUCUGUUCAGUACUUGCCGGUUACUUCGGCUAUUCUUGAGCCGUCCACAGGGACAAGAGUUGAACCUGGAGAAACCUUUUUCAACAAUGCACCAAAAUUCAAACAGUAUCUUCGUUUUCUCAGAUUCACCCGAUUCAAAGAAGGAUAUGCGUACUCUGGUGCCGGGAAUGGAAUCACACGAGUUGACAUUUCUGUCGAUGGUGGUCAAACCUGGACGCAAACAGAUAUUUACAAUGAAAAUGACCCUUAUACUCAGAGAAGUUUUGCCUGGACUCUCUGGAACUACGAGCUAGAAAUUCCCGAAGACAUAAAGGAGGAUAAGAUUGAAAUUUGCAUCCGAGCGAUCGAUUCCAAUUGCAACACCCAGCCCGAAAAGAUUGAUGCUCUCUGGAACAUUCGAGGAUUGCUGAACAACUCUUGGCAUAGAAUUGAGCUUCUUGUUGACCGACAAUAA